AUGCAAUAGACAUAAUUCUUUGGAAAAAGAAUUAAGCUACAAUAAAUUAGUUUGACAGGGAAUUAUGAAUCUCCUCCUCUACCAACACUUCCAAAUAUUUAAGGAUUAUUUUCACCUAGAUUGGUUACUCAAAAGGAAACCCUCUAAUCGCCAAGAAAAAAGGUUUAUACUAAGCCAAAUUAAAACAGUAAGACUAAUGUACCUGCAAUCUCACAAUCUUCAAGAAAUUUAGAUGGAUUUAACAUAACAUAAUAAUUUUCAUUAUCUCCUUGUAAAAGCUAUAGACCAAGUAUGCGUUGUUUGACACCUCAUGAAAUUAACUUUAGAAAAAAUCUUGAUCAUAUUUAUAUUGUUAAACAACCAACAAAUGAUAUAAGCUAAUUAAAAAUUAUGCAAAUGAGUAGAUCAAAAGUAAAUAGUAAAUACAAGGAAGAUGAUAUUUAUUUAAAAAAGAAGAAGUUAAUACUUGAAGCUUAAAUAGCUUUAGGUGCUACUAGACUUCAUAAUUAAUUAGCCAUAUUUGAUUAUCAAUAAAUUAACUUUUUUGAGGAAAUUCCACAAAACUGCAAACUAGUAUUUUUGGGUAAUAAAUCAAUUAUGGAUUUUUGGGAAAUUUUAUUUGCUUUUCAUAGUAUUGAAUUCUAAAUUGAGAGACAAAAUUAAAUUUUGAACAUUAUAUAAUAUAUUAAUUCUACAGAUGAACUUCUUAAAUUUUUAUAAGAUAAAGAACUAUUUUAAGAAGUAAUUGAAAGCAAUGAUAUUUGUAGUCCUAUGGAAAAUUUAAUUAUUCCAACAACAGCAAGACCUAAAUAAUAAUAAUUUUAGAAGUCUAAUACUUCAAAUGAUUUAUAAUAAAAAUUUGAUUAAAGUUUAAAAAAAUAGAUGCAUAUUUUAAAAACUGAAGAAAAUGAAGAAAUAUAAUUGAUAAGAAAUAGAUUAGAUGAAAGUUUAAAAGAUUAUAAAAUGGAAGUAAAAUCUGAAACAAUUUAAGAUAUUUUGGAAAAAUAAGGUUUAAAUAAAAAUAUAAAAUAAAACUAAAAAAAAUGUAAAAUAACAUAAAUAGAUAGAUUUAAAACUGUCUAAUUUUAAAAGUUAAUGUAGUACAAUAGCGAAAACAUAAACUAAAAAUCAAACAUACAAAAAUUAAUUUACUAAGUUUCCUUUAUAUAUAGCAUAAUCACAACCAUUAGCUACAUAUUAUAAUAUUCCAAAAUUAAUGGAAAAAACUGGUUUAAAUAGAAGCGAAAUACAUGAAAUAUAUUCAAGAUAUAAAGCAUUAUUAAGUUUUGAAUGUACAUAAAUACCAGGAAUGACAAAAGAAAGUAUAAAAUAAAUAUAAAUGUAGUGCUACCAAAUGGAAUAAGUAGAGAUUCAUUUGCUGCAGGUUUAAAUGAAUUAUCAAUGGCUCCAGCAGGAGUGAUUGAUUAAUUAUUUAAUUUGUUUGCAGUAGAAAAUAGUUUAGAUUUUGAAGGUUUUCUUUAAAUUAUAAAUUUAAUUACAGCUAAGAGUAAUGAUAAAAAAAUUGAAUUAAUUUUAAAAGUAUUUUUUGCUUUAAUUAGUUAAUUGAUGAAAAUGGUAAUGGAUUACUUUCUUACUAAGAAAUAUCUUAAAGAUGUGAAAUGAUGAUGGAUUCAAUUAUGAAAUAUAAUAUUGGAGAACCUUGUACUAAUAAUAUGGUUGAUAUUGUAACUAAAUCUAUUUUUGAUGUAUAUAUUAUUAAAAUAUUUAGGCUGUUGAAAUGGAUUAUGAUGAAGAAAUUCCUAUUGAAAAAAUAAGAUUACUUAUAGAAAGUAGAAGUUAAGCUUCUAAGGCAUUACUGAUGAUGUGUUGUGGAGAUAUAAAUUAUAUUGAUUGA